GAGAAGGGUUAACCGGGGAAAAAGGAACCCACCGGCACGCUUCUAAAAGCCCACUUUUAACAAGCUUCCCCGACACGCGUGUAACAAGCCUAAACCCUUCACUCGGUCCAGGGCUCGGGAGUGGAGGCUUCUUCUCCCCCGCCGUCGCGUCUUCCUCGUCGGACAUGCGAGGAUGUCCUGGCCGCUAAGGAGCACCAGAGGUCAGCGAGACGGAUCGAUGCUGUUACCCGGGAUAAAGUAGAGCAAAAACGGCCACACUCGCCUCGCCUACUCGGUCUCUCCAACCCCGAAGACUCAGGAUGUGGAAAGGCAAAAUCACUCGGAUGGUUUUUGCUUUAAGUCUGGGGUGCUUCGUCGUGGUCAUCUUGUACUGUAACAGCAAUAUCAGAACAGCUUCGGAGCAAACCGGGGAAGGAGGCAUGAGGCAGAAGCCCAGGAGGAGUCCUCUGCAGACACUUUAUGAUGGUGACCAGGCUGAGUCAGCAGUUCAGGCCAUCCAUCAGGGCAGGCGGGAGCUGUUAGAAGAGGCCUGUCGCUCCUACACCAGAAAACGUCGAGUCCUGAUCCAGGAGGACCUGAAGCACGUCAUCGUGGACGACCAGCACGGCCUGCUGUACUGCUACGUGCCCAAGGUGGCGUGCACCAACUGGAAGCGGGUACUCAUGGUCCUGACGGGCGCCGGGGGAUCUCACCGGGACCCGUUGGCGAUACCGGCGAACGAGGCGCACGUCUCGGGGAACCUCCGCACCCUGUCCGAGUACUCCGCCUCCCAGAUCAACCAGCGGCUGCGCUCCUACUUGAAGUUCGUGUUCGUGCGCGAGCCCUUCGAGCGGCUGGUGUCGGCGUACCGCAACAAGUUCACGCGGAGCUACAACACCGCCUUCCAUAAACGCUACGGCACCAAGAUAGUGCGGCGACACCGAGCCCACCCGCAGCCGGAAGCUCUGGCGAAAGGCGACGACGUCUCCUUCGCCGAGUUCGUGUACUACCUGGUGGACGAGGCCACCCAGGCGGAGGAGCCCUUCAACGAGCACUGGGAGCGGGUGCACUCGCUGUGCCACCCCUGCUUCAUCCACUACGACGUGGUGGGCAAGUACGAGACGCUGGAGCAGGACUCGGACUACGUGCUGCGGCUGGCCGGGGUGCAGGACAAGGUCAGCUUCCCGGCCUCGUCCAAAAGCACCAGGACUACAGGAGACAUGGCGGCGCAGUUCUUCCACAACAUCAGCCCUUUCUACCAGAAGAAGCUGUUCAACCUCUUUCGCAUGGACUUCCUGUUAUUUAACUACUCUGUGCCAGCAUACCUCAAGUUUUGAGACUUGAAGUUGUUCUUCCACGGGAUAGGACUACAAACGUCACGGUACGUAUGACCAGGGCCGGCCCUAUGCUUUUUAGUAGGGAUGUCCGAUAAUAUCGGACUGCCGAUAAAUGCUUUAAAAUGUAAUAUCGGAAAUUAUCGGUAUCGGUUUCAAAAUUAUCAGUAUCGGUUUCUAAAAGUAAAAUGUAUGACUUAGGACGUAGGGAGAAGUACAGAGCGCCAAAAAACCUUAAAGUCACUGCCUUUGCGUGCCGGCCCAGUCACAUAAUAUCUACGGCUUUUCACACACACACACAAGUGAAUACAAGGCAUACAGGUCACACCGAGGGUGGCCAUAUAAACAACUUUAACACUGUUACAAAUAUGCGCCACACUGUGAACCCACACCAAACAAGAAUGACAAACACAUUUCGGGAGAACAUCCGCACCGUGACACAACAUAAACACAACAGGACAAAUACCCAGCACCCCUUGCAGCACUAACUCUUCCGGGACGCUACAAUAUACACCCCCCGCUACCCCCUUCGACGGCGUCUUCUCCCCGUCGUCUUUGUUGUAGCGGUGUAGCGUGCAAGGACGGGAGUGGAAGAAGUAUCAAAAGAUGGAGCUAACUCGUUUAAUGACAUUCAGACUUUACUUCAAUCAAUAACGGAGCAGCAUCCCCUCAUUUUAGUAGGGAUGUCCGAUAAUAUCGGACUGCCGAUAUUAUCGGCCGAUAAAUGCUUUAAAAUGUAAUAUCGGAAAUGAUCGGUAUCGGUUUCAAAAUGAUCAGUAUCGGUUUCUAAAAGUAAAAUGUAUGACUUUUUAAAACGCCGCUGUGUACACGGACGUAGUGAGAAGUACAGAGCGCCAAUAAACCUUGAAGGCACUGCCUUUGCAUGCCGUUCCAGUCACAUAAUAUCUACGGCUUUUCACACACACACACACACACACACAAGUGAAUACAAGGCAUACAGGUCACACCGAGGGUGGCCAUAUAAACAACUUUAACACUGUUACAAAUAUGCGCCACACUGUGAACCCACACCAAACAAGAAUGACAAACACAUUUCGGGAGAACAUCCGCAUCGUGACACAACAUAAACACAACAGAACAAAUACCCAGAACCCCUUGCAGCACUAUCUCUUCCGGGACAUACACAACAGAACAAAUACCCAGCACCCCUGGCAGCACUAUCUCUUCCGGGACGCUACAAUAUACACCCCCCGCUACCCCUUUCGACGGCGUCUUCUCCCCGUCGUCUUUGUUGUAGCGGUGUAGCGUGCAAGGACGGGAGUGGAAGAAGUAUCAAAAUACGGAGCUAACUGUUUUAAUGACAUUCAGACUUUACUUCAAUCAAUAACGGAGCAGCAUCCCCUCAUUUUAGUAGGGAUGUCCGAUAAUAUCGGACUGCCGAUAUUAUCGGCCGAUAAAUGCUUUAAAAUGUAAUAUCGGAAAUGAUCGGUAUCGGUUUCAAAAUUAUCAGUAUCGGUUUCUAAAAGUAAAAUGUAUGACUUUUUAGAACGCCGCUGUGUACACGGACGUAGGGAGAAGUACAGAGCGCCAAUAAACCUUAAAGGCACUGCCUUUGCGUGCCGGCCCAAUCACAUAAUACCUAUGGCUUUGCACACACACCAAAGUGAAUGCCUGCACACUUGGUCAACAGCCAUACAGGUCACACCGAGGGUGGCCGUAUAAACAACUUUAACACUGUUACAAAUAUGCGCCACACUGUGAACCCACACCAAACAAGAAUGACAAACACAUUUCGGGAGAACAUCCGCACCGUGACACAACAUAAACACAACAGAACAAAUACCCAGAACCCCUUGCAGCACUAAAUCUUCCGGGACGCUACAAUAUACACCCCCCGCUACCCCUUUCGACGGCGUCUUCUCCCCGUCGUCUUUGUUGUAACGGUGUAGCGUGCAAGGACGGGGGUGGAAGAAGUAUCACAAGACGGAGCUAACUGUUUUAAUGACAUUCAGCCUUUACUUCAAUCAAUAACGGAGCAGCAUCUCCUCAUCCGGAAACAACAACACCGGAAAUGUGUCUAAUAACUAAAGUUCCUUGGGUGAAUAAUGUAAACUCACUGCACCGGUAUGUUUUAACGCUUUAAUGGGGAGUUUACUGACGGAUAUAAGUAAGAACUUUACACUACUUUAUAUUAGAAAUGGCAACAGCGGAGGAUGGAUGUCCCAUAACAAGAAAAUUGAGAAAAAGAAGAAGCUUAUCGACAACGGAAUUUAUCAGGACUUAUGCAGAUCCCAAAUACAGAUCAGCAGGUACCAGAAGGUAAGAAAAGUUGCUUUUGCGUAAUAUUGCGAAACAAAACGCCAGAUAAUGUCUUACCUUAUACACACACCAUACUAAUACUCGUAUGUUGAAGCACAUCAAACGGUGCAGUCUACACGUAUCUCUUAUGUUUGACUGCCAUCUACUGGUCACACUUAUCAUUACACCAUGUACCAAAUAAAAUAGCUUAGAGGUGAGUAAGCGCAACCAAACUUAUUCCCUAAAUUAGGUGCCCCGGGUUAUAAGGCGCACUGUCGAGUUUUGAGGGGGAAAAAAGGAUUUUAAGUGUGCCUUAUAGUCCGGAAAAUAUGGUAAUCGUGAAGGGAAAUGAGGCCCCUAAAACAAUUGCACUAGGGGCCAUAUAUCCCUGCGCUUUGAAGUUUGUGGCUUGUAAAGGUGACUACGUAACGUGGGUGUUAUUUCAUAUACAGAGGGAUUUUUGAGCCUUAAAAGCCAUACUUAGAAAGUCAUAAACAGUUUUUUUAUGCUCUACCUAUAAAAAUAUUCCAUUUAUAAUUAAUAAUUCCUACACUCCCUACCACAGAACCAAUUAACAGUGAUAAACUAGUGUUUACUGUAUAUUACUCUUGUAGAUGGAUGGCUGAGUGUGAGCAUUAAAGACACAACCAACAAAAAUGCAGUUAAAGUAUGGUAAUAAUUUAUUAUUAAUAUUUUACAAGUGAUGUAAAUAUUUGUAUUAUAAAUAAUCAGGUUUAAACGAAAAGACUACUAGGAUAGGAUAGGAUAGGACUUUAUUGUCAUUGCACAAGUACAACGAAGCUAUGUUUUCAGCACAAACCCGUUCAAGAUUAGACAAACAAACAGUGUACAGGGUUACAGAACAGGAACGCUGAUGGGUCGCCACAAGGCACCCCGUAAAAGAUAAGAAAAAGGUAAAAUGCUGGGGAAGAAGAUGAGUAAAAAAAUACAAUCUAGACUGGGCUCCUAAGGGGACCUAGUCUGGAGUGGGAAAAAACCUCCAUGCAAUACACACAUAAACACGUUACAUUUAAUCAGGACAACUCGCAACAGAGGGGCGGGGUUGUUGGGACCCUGGAGGUCGACUGCUGCUAUGAAGGGCUGCCAGCCGACCAUCACCCCGAGGGGAAACAAGCAACUACAGUUCAGUUCAAUAGUCACGUGUUUAUACUCCAGACAAUGUCCAAAGUUUAUAUGAAAGGGUAAAAAAAAUGCUUUAAUUGAUCCAAAAGGUGGGAAAAAAGUGUUUUCCUCUGUGAGAUCCAUUCAAAACUGCUAUUUAUUUAAAAAGUAAACAUAACACAAUAAGUUGGCAAACACUGUGGGGAAAAAAAGCAAUUGUUUAGACAUUAUAUAUUUAGGGAGAAUGUUCGGCUACAAUAUAAACUUAAAUAGUACGGUUGUUUUAGAAAUUGACCAGCUCUAUACUCUCGGCAGGGUCCUUGAGGGUGCAUGGGAGUUUGCCCAACCAGUCUACAUGUGUUUUGUGGACUUGGAGAAGGCAUUCGACCGUGUCCCUCGGGAAGUCCUGUGGGGAGUGCUCAGAGAGUAUGGGGUAUCAGACUGUCUGAUUGUGGCAGUCCGCUCCCUGUAUGAUCAGUGCCAGAGCUUGGUCCGCAUUGCCGGCAGUAAGUCGGACACGUUUCCAGUGAGAGUUGGACUCCGCCAAGGCUGCCCUUUGUCACCGAUUCUGUUCAUAACUUUUAUGGACAGAAUUUCUAGGCGCAGUCA